UAACGUCUGUUUUUAGACCCUUUCGUUUUAGAUGUAAAAUGUUCUGGUCCACGUUGGCUCGGUUCGUCGCGGCCUGUUUCGCCUGCCUCUUUCGCUGUUGUAGGAAGCAACAAGUUCCACCGAGUUAGCUCGUCGCGUCACGCAUGAACUUGGUGGAGUCGUCAUGCGCCCCGCGUUUAGGAUCCGCUCGUUGAACCGCCGUAAACGACACAAAGUUGCCGUGUGGAGUCCGCGCUCGAGCCCUCAUUAGCGGAGCGCGCGCCGUGGCGGCGUUUUAUUGUCAUUCCGCAGAUUCUUGGUUUUACGGCGGAAUUAGCGUGAAGAAGGAAGUGACUCAUGUUGAGUUUCAUCACCGGCGCAGCGCGUCUGGCUGCAGUUUGACCCGAGACGCCGCGGCAGAAGGUGGAUCCACCUGGGCAUUAAUGGUUUAGAGCGGCCCAGACAGUGGAACACGGGACGGGACUAAUGCAAAAAUGCCUCGGCCCGAACAUUGAUUUAACGCCGCUGUGCGCACUUAUGAUUUAAUCUUGACUUGACCUCCAUCUGUUGUGCUUUCUCAGAUUAUGACUGUAAUAUAUAAGCUGUGUGGCUUUAGGAAGGUGGUUCACGGGCUCGUGCUUUGCCACAUUCCUGCAAGUUUAGGCCCAAACUUGCUGCUGUGUAAUCAUAGGUUUCGAUAACAGUUCUUGUUAAAUGGAGUUAUUUAUUUAUAUAGUUAAGAGGUAUUAUUACCUGAUUGGAUGUUUGGCAGCACAGGAAUAUUCCUGUUGCAGUUCUGUUACGUGUGACGUGAGUGAGUCUAGUUGUUAAAUAAUGAUCAAAGUGUUAAUUUAGAUAAUUGACCAACUGCUGUUUAAUGUCCACCCACGUGACUUUCUGACCCAGCACUGUUAAUAAACAUCAAAUUAACCAGCACUGUGUUAACUAUUAGAAGUCUUAGAAGUCUCAAAAUGACUUCAAAACAAGAAUUCAGAAUCACAUUGUGGAACAACACAAACACUAAAAGUCAGUCCACAACAGCUCUCAAACUCUCACCGGCCGCUCAUAGACCUUUUGAUUGCUUCCUCCCCGACUAUUAAUAAGCCGCCAGCCACGGUCAGUCACCGUCCCCACAUGCAACCAUGUCCUUGGCCCUAAAACAAGUGUUCAACAAAGACAGGACAUUCCGGCCCAAGCGGAAGUUCGAGCCCGGAACGCAGCGCUUCGACCUGCACAAGAAGGCGCAGGCGUCCCUGAACGCCGGGCUGGACCUGAAGCAGGCGGUGCAGCUGCCGCACGGCGAGGACCUCAACGACUGGGUGGCCGUGCACGUCGUCGACUUCUUCAACCGCAUCAACCUCAUUUACGGCACCAUCAGCGACUCCUGCACGGAUCAGUCCUGCCCGGUCAUGUCCGGCGGGCCCAAGUACGAGUACCGCUGGCAGGAUGAGAACAAGUACAAGAGGCCGACGGCGCUGUCGGCGCCCAAGUACAUGAGUCUGCUCAUGGAUUGGAUUGAGGUACAGAUCAACAACGAGAACAUCUUCCCCACCAAUGUUGGUACUCCCUUCCCUAAGACCUUCAUGCAGGUGGCUAAGAAGAUUUUGUCUCGUCUGUUUCGUGUGUUUGUCCACGUCUACAUCCACCACUUUGACCGUGUGAGCCAGAUGGGGGCCGAGGCUCACGUCAACACCUGCUACAAGCAUUUCUAUUACUUUGUGACAGAGUUCAACCUGACGGACCACAAAGAGCUGGAGCCUCUGAAGGAGAUGACCUCUCGGAUGUGCCACUGAGGGACCACCGUGGACACGCGCGAGACCAACACAUCCGUCCAUCAAGAAGACUGCAGCAGAGAACUUAAAGAACAAAUGCAGAAAAGAGUCUAUUUUUAUAUUUAAGUACUGUAAUCUAUUUUAGCCACAUACGGUAGGUUGAAACUAAGAACUAUGUCUCAAAGGCAGUCUGCUCCUUAAACUCUUCAUUUUAUCAGAGCACAGUAUUAAGAGAGAGCUGUAUGUUUAUGUUCAUGUCCUUGUUUUUCUACUUCAUUUCAAUCUCAAAUCAUUCCAGGAAGCUUGACUUUCUUUCUAUUGAGCUAAAAUUUGUACGAUUUCCUUCUGUACAUGUAAAAAAAUUGCUAUGUUGUUGCAUUAAAAUGAUUCUCUACGGUUA